AUGUCGCAGUACGAUACCAACCUCGAUCAGCUCUUCCAAUCGCUGGACAUCACCACCGCCGACGACGUCUUUACUUUGGACGACCUCACCGCCGCACYCGAUGCCACUGGUAUGACCGAACUGCCCUCUGCGCGCGAUACCACAGGAGUAUCCUCCGCGCCAUCUGCCAACACCCAGCGACAUGUCGGCCUCAAUGCUCGUCACCAUGAGCUCCACAUGGAGUACCCAGCAUACGACCUCCUCCGUCCUGGCGGAAUCCCACACCUCGCGCGCCCUCGUAACAUGGCUUAUCGAGAGCAACCCCACCUCGCCCACUACCACAUCCACGACAGCAACCUGGGCUGUGUUGUGCGACUCAACACCCCGCUCCAGAGAGUGUGUUACUCGUCCGCGCCUCCAUUCCAGCAGCAAAACAACUUCGUCGAGAUGAUCAAUCGUCUCUCGGACGCGCCAGGUGUCAGCACCUUAGGCCUCGUGUGCUACGAGUACCUGGGCAAGCUCGUCUAUAGCAUGCGGCUGACAACAACGUGGAUGACGGCGUUUMAUCAAUCCACAGAAGUCCAGACGUAUGGAUGCUACGCCGAGGAAUUCUCCGGCGUCAUUGCCGCACUUUCUGGUGUGCCGUGGGCUGACGUGCUUGAUGAUCUCGUGAAUCGUGCCUCUGACCUUUCCUACCUCCUUGUUCGCGACCGCAUGAUGAAGUACUCUCGCACCAGCGCGCAGGAUGAAUGGGAGAGUUUGACAUGGAAGACUGACUCAGUGAACCACAUCCUCUCCGAUUGCUUCGUCUAUAACACAAGCGAGGAAUGUGACAACAAGUCAUUCAUGGACGUCCUCACUUUCAAACGAUGUGGCCAUGUCUUCAGGAUCAGCCGCGUAUACCUCUUUCAUGUUUUGACGCGUGAGGAUUGUCUCGCAUUUCAUUGUUCCCAAUGCGGAGCCCACGCCAUGGACUCCGCCGCKCGGCACAAGGUCAGCGUUCUCGACGACAGCAAAGUCCGACUCGAGUACCGCGAGUUGGAUGGCAUGUGGUCCAAGAUGUUCUCGAGCUUAAACCCGUAUGCCGUUUUCCAAGUGCAAAACGUGGAGCUUCGCGAGGCUUUGGUUGAUGCUCUGGCCCUGUUGAACCCUCCGAGCUCCAUCAUGCAUCCCACUCAGAGCCAGCACAACAUGCCGGAGACUGAAGUUUUGCUUGCGGCGUUCAAGGCGCGUUUGAUAAACGACACUGACACAUUGAUUGUAGCACCUUGCAAGACCGCUCAUCUGUUGGCCAAGCUUGCCACUAGUGCUCUCCGAGAAUACGCGGGCGUUGAUCAGACCGUCAAGGGAUAUCGCUAUGUCCCACUGGGAUUUGGUAGAUUCAUCCAUCGGUGGCUCAAGGGGGCCGCCAUUCUACUUGCUGCGAGAGUCGAAUCAAAGAAUCAGUUGGUGGUUGACGAUUUGAGCAGCUUGUUCGUGGGAUCGAGAGACGUGGAGAUGGGUGAAGUGACAUGCCUGUACUGA